AUGGCGUCCCUCAAUCUCUCCAGCAAUGGGCCGUCUAUAACCAGAAGCUACCAAUCAGUCAUCAAUUCCCCACCACCGUCCGGCGCCGCAGCCAGCUCACCCACGUACGGACAGUGGGCAGUCUUCUCAGUUGCUGCCCCGCUCGUCAGCGCCUUCCAGCAAGAUGGUGGCAAAGAAAGCGUAUUGAAGGUCCAGAGUACUGGAGAGGGGGAGCUGGUCGACUUGAUCGAGGACUUCUCAGACGGCAAGAUCCAAUUCGCCUUUGUGAAGGUGAAGGAUACAAACACAUCGUUGCCAAAGAACGUCCUGAUAGCGUGGUGCGGAGAAGGUGUGCCGGAGCGUACAAAAGGCUACUUUACCAGCCAUCUAGCUGCAGUCUCUAAGCUGCUGCACGGCUAUCAUGUCCAGGUAACCGCGCGAUCGGAUCGCGAUCUCACACCCGAACGCAUAAUCCAAAAGGUCGCCGAUUCGUCCGGGUCGAAAUAUUCUGGUGGCGGCUCAGCGACUGCACCUUCAGGCGGCGCACCACCUCCACUUGCCUCAAAACCCGCAUUCACACCCACUCGUGUAGGAGGAGGAAGCAGUGGCUUCAAUCCGUUAGGGUCAAGAUCGCGAGGUGCACAGCAAAACACCAACGUGGAUGAGGAUGGAUGGGGUGCGGAUGCGCCGCCAGUCACACGGACGCAACUCGAGAAAGUGCAACCAGCUUAUAGACCUACCAAGGUCAACAUAAGUGAGCUCACGUCGCAGAAACAGGAACCUUCUAGGUUCAGUGCUCCACAAGCGGAAAAUCCUCCGAGUGAUGUGGUAAGGGGAGGUUAUCAACCUAUUGGAAAGGUCGAUAUCAAUGCUAUCCGGCGACAAGCAAAGGAGUCGGGUGCCCAAGACAAUCGACCAACAGCGGUGAAAGGAGCGUACGAGCCAGUGGGCAAGGUCGACAUAGCUGCAAUUCGUGCAAGGGCACAAGGUCCCUCUGGCGCAACUCCCCCGCCAAGCAAUAUUUCUCCGGCCGCCACAGGAUCAUCAGCCCGCGAUGAAGACCGCGAGGAAGCUCCCAAGUCUCUUGCAGAUCGGUCUGCUGCUUUUACCCAGCCGGAGCGGCUGACAUCCAUGCCGAAACCGAAGGUCUCCAACCGGUUUGGGUCUUCAGCCAGCACCUUCGCAGGCACAAAGGCUCCAAUACCGAGUGGAUUUCAAUCUAAGCCUAUCGCUACCGCCGCUCCGGUCGGUACUACCAGCAAGACCUUUGCUGAUGAAGGUGGGAAAACACCGGCGCAGAUCUGGGCGGAGAAGAAGGCACGUCAACGGGGGCUCAGCGGCGCUGGCGAGCAGCCUCCUUCCGCUGGUCACAACGCACCCCAAUCCCCUGUUAGAGCACAGCAAAGUGGCGAAGGUGGAUGGAAGAGUGGCUACUCGGGCAAAUCAUGGGCGCCUGUUGAGACUACGCGAACGGGUCAGUCAGCUGCGAGUAAUCUCAGUCAGCAACGGACCGGUCAGGAUGAGCAAGAAGAAGAGGCGGCAUCUUCACCCGCGGGAGGCGUCGGUGCUAUCCGCGAUCGGUUCAAGGGCGCUGCUCCGAUGGGCGCACCAGCAUCGAGACGAGAUGUUCCAGAACCCGAAUCCGCUUCACCGCCCCCCAUGGAUAUGGCAAGCAAGCCGAAUUCUGGUGCUGCUCGUGGCGUACCCAUUCCAGGUCUACCGCAACGUCCACAACCGGCAGAUGACGAAGAAGACGUGCCUGCUGAGGAGCACGUACGGCUUCCGACGCCACCGGCACAGCCUCGCAGUCCGACGCCUCCAACUCCACCAGCCAUGCGGGAUAGUUCGCCAGUCCGUAUCGCGAUGCCUGUAGGAAGGGGCCGGGAGCCAGCUAAGGAGCUUGAGGCGCCGGAGGAGCGGUUCUCGCCUCCCCCUAUGCCUGUACAGUCGAUACAGCAAGCCAUAUCAGCUACAAAAGAUAUUGAGCCCGAACCACAAAUCGAGGAUGAAGAUCCUGCAAGAGGCGCUGCCGCAGCUGCAGCCACCGCUACGUUCGGUCAUACCGCCGCACCAAGCUCACAGGCUGGCAAGCGCGCGAUUGCGCAAUACGACUAUGAGAAAGCAGAAGACAACGAACUGGAGCUGCGUGAUGGAGAAGAGAUCACCGAUAUCGAGAUGGUUGACGAAGACUGGUGGAUGGGCCGAAAUUCACGAGGCGAGGCUGGGCUCUUCCCCAGCAACUACGUCGAACUUAUCGAGGACACUGCGGCCGCUCCAUCACCACCUGCUCCUGCUCCAGCUGCCGCCACUUCUUCGGUGUCUGCGCCUGCCGCUCCACCGGCAGCAGGAGGAACCGAAACACCGACCGCAACUGCGCUAUAUGAUUACGAAGCUGCUGAGGAUAAUGAACUGAGCUUCCCAGAUGGUGCCACCAUCACUGGCCUAGAGUUCCCGGAUGAAGACUGGUGGUUUGGAGAGUACAAAGGAAAGACCGGUCUCUUCCCGGCAAACUAUGUACAACUCAACGAGUGA